UAGGUCUUAUUCAAAUGGUACCGUACGUUAGCUAGCAAACUAGCAACUUUAUCCUAUGUGCUGCAAAAUUGUAUCAGUUACGCCUUGUACUUGAACUGUUGUGAUUAAAGAAGUAAGCAAUCAAACUGAUACCAAUAGUUAUCAAAUCGAGUAUCUUAUUUAAUGGAAUAGUUAGCUAGGCAGCAGAUGAUUUUGAUGGUUUCUUUAAAUGUUCUAGAUGAAACUUCAUAAUUACAGGACAUCACAAAUGUAACAAACUAGCUAACCAUAGUCAACUAGGAAAUAAGUAAGUUGCACAGCCAGCAAUUUUUUUCUGACCCAUGAAUACUCGUCUGACCGACAUUGCUAGCUAAGUUAGUACACAGAUACCUACACCGGAUGAGGCCAAAUUUGUGUUGACCGUAGAACCCAGCUAUAUUGAGGAUAGCUCAACAGAGGUGUAAAUACUACGUAGACUUUAGAUCUCCUUGGACCCGAUGGGUUGUGUCCCAAAUCAAGACAUGACCUUUCAUUCAACUAACGCUGGGCGUGGUUUUGCGAGCAUCCCCAUUGUUACGUUUUGGUAAUCAAUGUAGCAAGCUGACUGUUUGUCUGAAAAGUGCAUCACGUGAAUGGUUUACAUGACGCCUGUAAUGUAAUUUAUCACUUCGCGAGUUCUGCCGGUAGAGAUGGUUAGAAAACAGAUUUCAAAAAUUCUACGCGCGUCCAAGGCCGCAGAAAGUUUGGUAGAAUGCACCGAGGACAAGAAUGCUCGACCCCUGUCCUUGUCAGGCCAUGUUGGCUUCGACAGCCUCCCCGACCAGCUUGUCAACAAGUCAACCAACCAGGGUUUCUGCUUCAACAUCCUCUGCAUCGGUGAAACGGGUAUCGGGAAGUCCACCCUGAUGGACACGCUGUUCAACACCAACUUUGAGAACUUCGAGUCGUCUCACUUUGAACCAAAAGUGAAGCUACGGGCACAGACCUAUGACUUGCAGGAGAGCAACGUGCGGUUAAAGCUCACCAUUGUCAACACGGUGGGCUUUGGAGACCAGAUGAACAAGCAGGAGAGUUAUCAGCAUGUGGUGGACUACAUCGACACCCAGUUCGAGUCGUACCUGCAGGAGGAGCUGAAGAUCAAGCGCUCGCUGCAUAACUACCAUGACUCGCGCAUCCACGCCUGCCUCUACUUCAUCGCCCCCUCAGGCCACUCACUCAAGUCCCUCGACCUCGUCACCAUGAAGAAGCUCGACAGCAAGGUGAACAUCAUUCCUGUCAUCGCCAAAGCGGACACCAUCUCCAAGAGCGAGCUGCACAAGUUCAAAAUCAAGAUCAUGAGCGAGCUCGUCAGCAACGGAGUCCAGAUCUACCAGUUUCCCGUCGACGACGAGACCGUGUCCAAGAUCAACACAGCCAUGAAUGGUCACCUUCCUUUCGCCGUGGUCGGAAGCACAGAGGAGGUGAAGAUCGGCAAUAAGAUGGUGAAGGCCAGGCAGUACCCAUGGGGAGUGGUGCAAGUGGAGAACGAGAACCACUGCGACUUUGUGAAGCUGCGGGAGAUGCUGAUCUGCGUGAACAUGGAGGACCUGAGGGAGCAGACACACACGCGCCACUACGAGCUCUACCGCCGCUGCAAGCUGGAGGAGAUGGGCUUCAAGGACACCAACCCCGAGAGCAAGCCUGUCAGCCUGCAGGAGACAUACGAGGCCAAGCGGCAGGAGUUCCUGGGGGAGCUGCAGCGGAGGGAAGAGGAGAUGAGGCAGAUGUUUGUCCAGCGGGUGAAGGAGAAGGAGAUGGAGCUGAAGGAGGCAGAGAGAGAUCUUCAGGGCAAGUUUGAGCAGCUGAAGCGUCUGCACUCGGAGGAGAAGGGCAAGCUGGACGACAAGCGGAGGUCCCUGGAGGACGAGAUCAACACCUUCAACAAGAAGAAGGCUGCCGCUGACCUCCUGCAGGGCCAGUCCUUCACCAACUCAAACUCCAACGCCAAGAAGGACAAGGACCGCAAGAACUCUGGAUUCAUGUGAACUAUGCUGGCAGAGUCGCUCGCUGCACCACACCAUCUUCACAGUGGAGACCAGUAAUUACAGCUUCUCUUUUCACCUUCGUUCAUUGUCUUUCUUUGCACAAUGUAUGUCUAUGAUAUGUAUGUCCCACACCAGCUGGACUUUUAGUUUACACUACACGUCAGUGAGCACACGAGUGCAUGCCUCCCCCCUUCACUACGGAGACGCCAAGUGAACUUUGAACUCUGUUUUUUGGGUCAUUUUUUAAAGAGCAUUAUAAGUGCUUUUUGACUGUUCUUCAAGGUGCCAAAAACUCUCCUGUUAGUAAUUGGCAGGAGUAUCUUAUUGUCCUGUUAGGACUUAUCGCAAUAGAAGCUGAUCAUUUCCUACCAAUGAUGUUCUUCAGAACCCAGUUUUGCUGCAGCUGUAGUGCAAGACUGAGUGGGUUAGAUGUUGUACAUUCCCUUUCCGUGUACGCGUCGGUAAAGACCAUUCCCCCAAGUUUCCUGACAUUUAUAUCUUUUGUUACAUUUGUUUUUUGAAACACUUAUAGCAUGUAUUUUUAUAUAUAUAUCUCUCUAUUCAGGUGUGGUUCUGCCUUUUGUAUACUUGUUCUGAGUCCCAGUGUUGGACGACUGGAUGUUUUAAUGCAUAUCAGUGGUUUUGAUUACACCAGCAUUACUUGUGAGUUGGAGAAGGGUUUGGCAAUCUCAGCCAGUCAGGGUUAGUGUGGCUACAAGGCCCAGAGAAGAGCUUAAAAGCAACCACACGACCAGAUUUCCAUGUAUUUCUAAAUUUGCCGUGAAAUUUAUACCAGCAGUGACCACUGUUUUGAUAAAUGCGGUUGAUUUUUAAGAGCUGAAUUAGAAGGAAAUCCUGAAGUCAGACUCUCCCUGUACGGUUCAGAUUUACCUCUUCUCCUCUGGAGGGGCAAAGACUUUUAUUUUAUUUUCUAGCACUAUGCAAUAAAUAAAGUCAUAAAUAUAUUAAUGUAAACACAAGUAAAUAAUGUAACACAUUGUUGUAUGCCAGGUACUGUUACUACUACGAGUGCCUUUUGAAAAACACAAAAGUAUUACACGUGACAUGGCUGCUGGCACUUGAGAAUACAUUUUCUUUGGUAGUGGACAUUCAUGAUGACGAUCCUCUUAUCGUUAUACCAGUAUGUGUAGAUUUACUUCACUGAAAUGUUAACAUGAUGCCCAAAUUCACUUUUUACAAUUUGUAACCACACGUCCCAUUUUCUUCUUGCAUUUGUAGCAUGUAAUUCAUGCAUUUUUCUAUUUAUCUCAACUGUUUACAUGGGGUUUAUGAACACAAAAAGCCAAAAUAAAAGUUGAUAUUAAUCUG